AAUAGAGUCUGCACUCGGAAACUGGUGGGAGCCAAGGCCCGGAAGUCCGACGCUGGUCGGUGGGCGCAUGCGCAGCGCGCGCUCCGCGGCGCCGAACCGGGGCGAGUAGAGAGCUGUCAGAUACUACAGCCAUAUGAAGUUGAACAUGGCAGAAGAAGAGGACUAUAUGUCUGAUUCCUUCAUUAAUGUCCAAGAAGAUAUCAGACCAGGAUUGCCAAUGCUAAGGCAAAUCCGAGAAGCCCGUCGAAAAGAAGAAAAGCAACAGGAAGCCAAUUUGAAAAACAGGCAGAAGAGUUUAAAAGAAGAAGAACAAGAAAGACGUGACAUUGGGUUGAAGAAUGCACUAGGCUGUGAAAACAAAGGGUUUGCCUUGCUCCAAAAGAUGGGCUAUAAAAGUGGUCAGGCACUUGGCAAGAGUGGGGGUGGUAUUGUUGAACCAAUUCCUCUCAAUAUCAAAACAGGGAAAAGUGGCAUUGGUCACGAGGCAUCAUUAAAAAGGAAAGCAGAGGAAAAAUUGGAAAGCUACAGAAAAAAGAUUCACAUGAAAAACCAAGCUGAAGAAAAAGCUGCAGAACAGUUUCGAAUGCGACUUAAAAAUAAGCAAGAUGAAAUGAAGCUAGAAGGAGAUCUCAGAAGAAGCCAGCGAGCCUGUCAACAAUUGGAUGCCCAGAAAAAUAUUCAGGUUCCCAGGGAAGCAUGGUACUGGUUGAGGCUUGAAGAGGAGACUGAAGAAGAUGAAGAAGAAAAAGAACAGGAUGAAGAUGAAUAUAAGAGUGAAGAUUUAAGUGUACUGGAAAAAUUACAAAUAUUGACUAGUUAUUUAAGAGAAGAACAUCUAUAUUGUAUUUGGUGUGGAACAGCCUAUGAAGAUAAAGAAGACAUAUCUUCAAAUUGUCCAGGACCAACUUCUGCAGAUCAUGACUAAGAUUAUUCCCAAUAAAGUGGAAACUUGAAAAAUGUUAUUAUUUCCUAGGGAUAGACAUUUCAGCAGUUGGAAAUCCCAAAUUUUUUAUGCCAGUAAAGAAGGAGGGACUUUA